AUGGCCGACGCCGCCGAAGCGGACGCGGAGGCCGUCCGCGCCGCGGCCACGGAGGUGCUGCUCCUCGACCACGACGGCCACAACCACGAGGCGCUCGCCCGCGCCCGCGACCUCAUGCUCGCGCACCAGGACCUGGCGGUCACGCACCGCCUCCUGGGCGAACUCCACUACGCCGCCGCCGUCCGCGCAGCCCAUGGCGACGGCACCGCGGAUGCCAGGAAGGCCGCGGCGGCGCCGCACCUCCGCGUCGCCCGCGACGCGCUCGCCGCGGCGCGCCGCCUCGCCCCCGACUGCGUCGACAUCGCGGCCGCGCUCGGCGACGCCUUCGCGGCCUCCCGGAUGUUCAAGGAGGCCGAGGUCGAGUACCUCCGCGCGCGGCGCAUCCCGCAGCCUUCCGACCCGGCCCUCCACAACGCGUCCUACGGCAUGUUCGAGGGCUACGAGCACGAGCGCGACCCGGACUUCGCGAGCGAGAGGGUGGAGGAGGCCAGGGACCGGGCCCGCGCCUCCUACGCCCGCAUGACGGUCGAGGAGCUCGUCCCGAUCGCGAUCCACCGGGUGCUCGAAGCCGGCAGGCAGCUCGGCGCGGCGGACGGGCGCAAGCGGGCCAAGCUCGUCGCCGAGACCUUCCCCAACCUGGGGCGCGCGCAGUACCUCGCCGCGUACAUGGACCUGGAGUUCGUGCGCAGCCUCGACGCGGCCAUUGACAAGCGCCCGUUCCUGCGCCGCACCCUCGUCAUCACCGAGCGCGCCGCGCGGGACUACCCCAAAUCUGCCGUCAUCGCCUCCUUCCACGCGAAGCUCCUCUUCGUCCUGGGUGAGUACGACGCGGCCGAGACGGAGUGCCGCCGCGCGCUGGAGAUGGAGCCCGAUGACCCGCAGCAAGACUGCAUCCCGGUUGGGUCAAUCAGCGGGGACAACCGUGGCACCAGGCUGGUUUCGCUGGCCUGCGAGUUCCAUGAGCUGAUCAACAAGAUCCUGAUUCUGGCCAGCGAUUACUGGGACUCUAUGAGCACUGAGUGGCAGCGUAACAGCUUCCUACAGGUCAGGUUCGAUGUGCUGCAGGAUGAGUACCUCAAGGUUGAUCGGUCGUAUGCGUUCACCAUGUCUGAUGUGCGGAGCUUUGUCAAGGAGCACAAGUCCUGGAGGUUCUGGAUUUGCCCCCUUUGUGAUCGCAAGAAGUUUACGGACACUGGUUUGCUAUUGUCACACAUGUGCAGCAGGCACCCAAGGGCAGUCCUGCCACGGCUUCAGUCAGUAUUGGAUCAGAAACUGAGUGAUGAAGCAUUGGAGAGUGAUGAUUCUCUGGAUGGGGUGACAUUUUGUGAAGAUUCAGAACAGCAAGACAUGGUGAUAUGCUUCAAUAAGAGCAGCGAGGUAUUCAAAUGGUUGUUCUAUGCACCUUCAAGUGGAGUACGGCCAAAGCCAUUUCCUGAAAUACGAGAAAAGAAGUGUGAGAAAGGACGUAUGCUGCUUGAAAGCAUAAAGGACAAAAUGAAGACUCUACCUGCAGAUAGAUCUACUACUGAGAGAGAAUUAAAGAAAUGCAUGACUGAAGAUCCAGAACUCGCUUCUAAGUCGAUCAGUGCUGCUGAUAUUGAUGCCAUAUUCACCAAAGAACUUGUUAAUCCUGCCAGCAAUGCUGUUGAGCUCACAAGUUUCAUUAUGGUUGCAGUAAUGUUCAUGACGAAGGGGGAGAGUUCUGAGAACCCGAGAAAGAAUACAGAAUCGCCAGAUCCGGCAAUCAGUGUGGUAGAAAGUGAGACUGACCUUGCUGCAAAAUUGGAAAGUGAGGUUCAUGUUGAACACGAGAGUUCUGAUUCCCCAGCAAGCAGGAAUGACCUAGAUGAAAAGACUGACCCAAAGCUCAGUGAUAAUAAUAAGGAAAGUGGUGUUGAGCUUGAAGGAGAGACUUCUAAGGCCACUGUUACCGGCGCAGAGUCGUCAGGUCAACCUACCAACACGGCGGAGGGAGGGAGUGACCUUGACACAAAGCUGGAGAAGUUGCAGAUUGGUCCAGGCUCUGACAGAUGGAUUGUGGAUUCUGAUGCUGGUUCAAGUGGCCGAAAUGGUGGUGGUCAGCACCAGCAGGAGUGA